AUGAAGUCUGACGCCCCCGUCCUGUACCCGAACGAGCACGUCUCAGCCGCAGUGACCUCAUACUCGUCCACCCACUCGACCCCUCUCCCGAAGCACAUCACCGACUACCACGCCCACAUCAUCGCCACGCAGCCAGAGACCUCCAACUACAUGAUCAGUGACUUCCAGGCCCAGAACCACAUCUGGCUGGCCAAGCUCAUCGGCGCCAAGCGAGUCCUUGAAGUCGGCGUCUACGUCGGCUACUCCUCCCUCGUCUGGUCGCAUGCCGUCGGGCCCGAGGGCCAUGUGACGGGCCUCGAGUUCAACCAGGCCUACGCCGACCAAGCCGUCGCCACCUUCGCUGCCAACGGCGUCACAAACGUUGACGUCCGCGUCGGCGACGCCCUGUCCACGCUCCCCGCCCUCCGACCAAGCGAGCCGUACGACCUCAUCUUUAUCGACGCCCAAAAGUCCGGCUACCCGGACUACCUCGAUGCCAUCCUCGCCGGGUCGCCCGCCAGCGGCGGCGCGCGGCUGCUGCGCCCCGGCGGCCUCAUCGUCGCCGACAAUGUCCUGCGCAGGGGCAUCAUCGCUGAUGACAGCGACGAGAACCCCUGGGUCGUGCGCGAGAAGAAGGAGAGGUCCGAGUAUUGGCGGUCAAGCGACGUCGACGACCUCAGACGGUACAAUGACAAGGUGCAUGUUGAUCCGAGGCUCGAUGCGUGGUUGAUGCCGCUCUUUGACGGCGUCAACCUGGCGAGGCUCGUCGACUGA